AUGGAGCGGCGGGUGGUGAGGUCGCCGGCGUCCAGGGCGGCGUCCAAGGCGGCGUUGGCGGGGCAGGCAGGGAGAUUAGGGAAGGGCGCGGCGGGUGGGGUAAUUGAAGGGAUUAACAUUAUUGCCUUUCUAAAACUUGACACAAACCUGUCCAGCAGCAGCAGCAGUGUUCCAGAGCCGUAUCCAAUGACAUUUGCUGGGUUCUCAAAUUUUCUCCAAGCAAAGAUGAGAGAGGCCUAUCCAGAUGCAAGCUCUAUGUCAGAAGGGUUAGAGGCGCUAAUGAUGCUUACUAUCAGUGGUAAGCUUAACAAUGGUUUGCCUGUGCCCUACAAUUUGAUCAUACACCACCCUGAGUUCCUUCCUCUUGAAGUCAUCGCCACUCUUUAUAUCGAGGCCCAUAGGAUCCUGAGAAGGCAACUCCCUGCUAAUGGCCAACCUGCUCUAGCCUACAAUGUUAUUCUGGAUCUGCAUGCGCUGUUAGGAGGUUUCUAUUUCAAUUUCUGUGCAUCAGAUGAUAUGGUGAAGGGAUGGCUUGGAAGGAAGCAGAAGCAGCCUGGGCUGCUGGGGGCCUUUGGUAUCCCUGCACCACCAGGUAACCAAGCAAGUUUGAAGAAGAACCCAAUGGGCUGGAAAGAUGGCGUUCACCUGAUGCUGCACAGGUUUCCAAGUUGUAAAACUUUCUGUUCUGGGUUGCAUGAUGUUGUUCCCACGAGAGAUCUCUUUUAUCUUUUUGUGAACUUGGUUGUCGUGUCUAGAGGGUAUUCUGAGUUCCCGUUCUUUACAAAUGUUAAGAAGGUGAUAUUCAAACGGAGUGGUGCCAUCCCUGACGAGUGUCGGUGGCGAUGGUUGCCUCAGCCUGCAGUUCCUCGACCUCUCUGGGGACGUGCUCGUCGGUGGCAUCCUCGGAGCCUGGGCAACUGUACCGAGCUGCAGGCGCUGUUACUGUCCUCGAACAAUCUGGAUGACAUCAUUCCGCCGGAGAUUGGUCGGCUCAAGAACCUGCGUGCUAUGGAUGUUGUGUCCAGGAACAGUCUGAGCGGACCUGUGCCAGCGGAGCUUUGGUGGUUGCGUUCAGCUGUCGGUGCGUGUGUUGUCCAAUCGAAGCUGAGGAUGUUGUGUGGGGGCCAAGGGCCACAUUGGAGGGAGAGUUGCCGGGUAAUUGGAGUUCUUGCCAGAGCUUGA